AUGGAAUCUGCCGUGUCCCUCUCCACGGUCCAUCUACACCUCAACACAAACAUUUAUGACAACGACAGCAGCGUCUGCACGGGCCGAGGCGUCCACCCGCAUUACCCGAACGCGGUCCACGGCAGACUCCAUAGCGCCCUGCUGGGUGUCUCUCUGGGCUUCCUCUCCCUGCUCACCAUCAUAAUGAACAUGCUGGUUCUUUACGCUGUGAAGAAAGAGAAGAGCUUACACACGGUGGGGAACCUCUACGUUGUUAGUUUAUCAGUGGCCGAUUUGAUCGUCGGCACCACGGUGAUGCCGCUCAAUCUGGUGUACCUGCUGGAGGACGAGUGGAAGCUGGGCAGGGCCGUUUGUCAGUUUUGGCUGAUUAUGGAUUAUGUCGCGAGCACCGCGUCAAUUUUCAGUUUGUUUAUUCUCUGUUUGGAUCGGUACCGCUCUGUCAGACAGCCGCUUAAAUACCUAAAGUAUCGAACACGGGGGAAAGCGAGCAUGAUGAUAUCUGGGGCCUGGUUGCUGUCGAUGACGUGGAUUGUUCCUAUUUUAGGAUGGAGGUCUUUCACACGUGUCGAACUUAAACCCGAGGAGGAGAACAAGUGCGACACGGAUUUCCGCUUCGUCACGUGGUUCAAAGUUAUUACAGCGGUCUUCAAUUUUUACGUACCUUCAGUUUUGAUGCUUUGGUUUUACACUCACAUCUACUUGGCAGUGAGGCAACACCUCAAAGACCGAGAGAGGAUCAUCCAUCCGGCGGAUUCAUUCGUGGAAAAUGUGAAUGGGCAGAACGCUCGGACAUUAAAUGCCUCCAAGUCGCCCGAAAUGGAAUGUGCGGCUCCGAUAAAACUGUUAAAAAGGCAGCUUGACCAGAAGCUUCUAGAUCAGACGUACUCCCUGGAGGAGUUUGAGAAGGCCAAAAGUGCCCUUUCCAGAUCACACAGAAAAAUCGGUGCUCAAUGUCCGGAGCCGACAAAACCUCUCGCAGUGUCGACCAAACCAGGAAAGGGCUCCUUAUCCCCUGAGGAGAAGAACCAAGAAGCCAUUCCUCUCAGUCCACCUUCCUUACAAGCAGAAAAUGUCAUUUCAGAAGCGAACCGUGAAUCGUCCUUGAAUGAAUGCCACGUCACAGUACCAAACUCGGUUGUUGCCGUCUGUGACGUCAGUCAGGUGCAGAGGUAUACAUCCGUGGCCUACAACGCCUACGACCCCAGUCAAACUGUACUGUGGUCCGCCUCUGCCGACAACCUGGGCGAGCCAAACGAGGUGACUCUGAGACAAACCUGGCAACGGUUCGUCGAACACUCCAGAGAAAGGCUUCAAAGUCUGAGGAUCCAUAAGGAGCAUAAGGCAGCCAGGCAGUUGGGCUUCAUCAUCGCAGCGUUCCUGCUGUGUUGGAUUCCGUACUUCAUAGCCUUCAUGGUGAUGGCGUUCUGCAGGGAGUGCGUGCACCACGACCUGCACAUGUUCACCAUAUGGCUCGGCUACUUCAACUCCACCCUCAACCCUUUCAUAUACCCGCUCUGCAAUAGGAAUUUUAAACGAGUCUUCAAGAAUAUUCUGCACAUCAACUUGUGACAGUGGUUUCAGCACAUCUGCUACAGUCUCGUAUUGAGCCUUUUAUACCCUUUUGGGAAAAGGGUGUCACCCGCAGCUAUCUGUUAGUGCCCGACGGCACAUUCUAGCAACACAUUUAAACAAGAACACAAACAGCAUCAAAAAGCAAAAAGACUCAAUGUAACAAGGAGAAGUUCAGGAUGGGCCAUUCCACCAAAUCGGUGCCAUUUGCUUGUUGUAACUCACUUAAAAUGAAUGUUUUGUAUUUUUAAAAUCUGCUACUACUCCAAACGUGUACUGGCCCAUCUAAGGCAACUUUAUUUCAUUUCUCUACACGGUUUCCAAGCCAAAGAUAACUCAUUUGAGUAACAGGACUGAGAGUUACAAGUGUGAGUUUUUACUAUAGAAAGAUACAAUUUUUACUAAUAGCAUGUUGACACUUUGGGCCUGAUUUACUAAAGGUUUGCGUGUACUAGGGUUAUACGGUAUAUUAGUGUAUUGUAUCAGUAUAGUGCCGCGAUACUAAUGAAUCAUAUUCGGUACUAUACCGCCUCUGAAAAGUACCGCCCCCCCACAUCCCUCCCUACAAGCAGACGAGCAUGUUUGGCAGCACACAAUCCCUUAUAAGUACUGAGUACUUAUAAGCAGAUACAGUGUGUACACGAAAAGGUAGAACGGACACAUUUUGGCUUAAAAACUAACGAUAAAGGUGAAGUUAUAACACUGAAACGCCCUCAGGAGGAGGCUAGCUGUCGGCAGCGUUUUAGCUACUUCUAAAUCACUAAUCCUCGCCUCCAUGGCGACAAAUAAAGUACGUUUCUUACAAGUAUCAUCCCUGCAGGACGAGGAAUAGCUAAACAUGCUUCACUACACACCGUAGCUCACCGGCGUCACAAUGUAAACAAACGCCAUGGGUGGAUCUACACCUAGAAUCCACUGUAAUGAUACCAAGUACAGGAGCGUAUCUAGUCGAUACUACUAUGAUUACGUCAAUAUUUUUUGGCAUCACAUCUUAUUUAUUUAUUUUUUUCAAUAAACUCAGGAAAUAUAUCCCUAGACACAUGAGGACUCUGUAUAUGAGCAAUGCAUGAUCCUGUAACUACUUGGUAUCAGAUUGAUACCCAAAUUUGUGGUAUCAUCCAAAACUAAUGUAAAGCAUCCAAACAACAGAAGAAUAAGUGAUUAUUACAUUUUAACAGAAGUGUAGAUAGGACAUGUUAAAAGAGAAAGU